AGAAGAAGAAGAAGAAGAAGAAGACUGGGAUAUGCUUUUAAAAAGCAGAUUACUGAUAUAACAUACAGCAGUUAUGAAAAUGAGGAGUAACUGUAACUGAGAACACCUUCAUCAAAAGGGAGCUUCUCUGUCUGUCGUUUAUGCUAACCUAAUGACCCUUAAAAGAGAUUUUACUUUGAAUCUAUAUUCAAAUCGGCUGCUAAGCUAAGAGAAAAUAGUGUGUGUCUGUUAUGGACAACAGCACAAUCUAUGUCCGAGAAAAGGGAAACCUCCGCCGUGUGGGAAACAUAAUCCUGGCACAACCAAAACCAUCAUCCUCCUCAUCAUCAUCAUGCAGGAGGACGAAUCCGUUCGUACAAAGAAAGGAGCAUUUCAUAUUCACCUACAAUGAGGAGGGAAGUCUGAGAUACACCACUAAAUCUCUGUUUGACAUCACGCUGCUGUUCGUAGCUGACAACAUCCACCAUGUGGACUCUCUGGUUGGCUUCCCAGAGCAAAUAGGCGACAGGCUUUUUGUGGCAGCAGAGGAGAACCGUGUGUUUUUGAACCCAGAAGUUUCUCAGAAAGCCAUGAAGCUAUUCUGUGACGCAUAUGGAGACAUGGUGCUGGGCUCACUCUGUCUCAGAAACAGGUUUCCACUCCUGCAUGAGAGGAUCACCGAGAUAAAAACAUUUCAUAGUUUAAAGUCUCUAGAUGUGUUUGGCUGUAGACUAGGAGAUGAUCAUGAGUUGUUCAUGCAUCUCACAUCCCCAUCUCUGUCAAGCAGCUUGACUCAGCUGUUCAUUGGUGGGAACCACCUGUCAGAUGUUGGCCUGCAGAGACUAACCGCUCCCAUCCGUAUCAUGAAGAAGGGACUGGACUCCUUGGAGCUUCUGGAUGUUUCUCACAAUCCCAUUUCAGAAAUGGCUUUUAGAUACCUCAAAUGCCUCGCAAAGCUUGUGAAGCUUGAUGCAACUGGGACCAAUGUGAAGCUUGAUACAGGAUUGAAGAAAACCAUGUGGGACGUUUUGGGACUUAUUCAUUCCGAGAAACCACUGAACAUCUUCGAUCACUCAGAGUGUAAGACAGAAGGAUGGGCAGAACAGGUUGUAAAUCAGUGGGAAACGAGUGGCUGCCAGAUGCCUAAACAGAAAAAAAUGGAAGAGUCGCGGGCCUCAGCACUUCGCUUUUUUGGCAGACAGAAGUUUGUCAGAGAGGUACUGAAUGCUGCACCGCUGACUGGUGAGAACGGGAAGAGGACCAACAUGGAGAAACUACAUUUCUACAAACCCACAGCAAACAAUCACUUAAUAGAGAAAAUGGAUCCAUCCACCACAAAGUGCCUCCAAGUUAGGAAUCCCACCUGUUAUAUCAAAAAGAGGAAGCCAGAAUCUAGCAAGUGUGAUGACUCUCAUCAAAGCCCUCCUACUAAAAUUCAUCGCUCAUCCUCCUUGGUUUUCACUGCAGAGGAUGCAGACUUGUUAAACAGCUACUGAAGAAUGGAAUGCGUUCUAACACCAUUCCAUAAUAAAUAAACCGACAUGGGAGCAGCAGUCGAAAUGUAAUACUUAUUAGCUGUUUACUGACACUCUGGAAAAACUAUUUUGUAUUUUACUUUU